AUGCACCACGCUUUGCGUGGAUAUCCAGGCUGGUUCGAGCUUCAAAUUUCCCACCUGAAAGACGGUCUCCAGAACCCAGUUCUUGUGCUGUACUAUCAACGCGCUGAUAGACGGAACGAUGACCAGUGGGAAAAUGCACAGAGAGAGCUACAGCUGUAUCUUGCGUUUCGGUAUCGCAACCUCAAAGAGGAUGCGAUACCCAUCUAUGGUAUCCUUGCAAUUGGUGCGAACUUGAAGAUCUUCCAGUACGACAAUCCCUCCCGGACCAUCGAGCGGUUUGUUCCGCCUCGGGAUUUGGAGCGUCAUGAUAAGCAGAUCUGGAACGUGCUCAGGAAAAUCAGCAGGAACCAUACCGGUGGUGGCUGUGAAACGAGAGGUGUCAAAACCGAGUCUGGUGGACAGGGGACUAAGGGAUCCGAGAUUGUUUGA